AGAAGAGUGGCUUCUACAAGGUUACAGAUGAGUUCUUGUUAUGACAGCAGUUACUUUCACUUCUGCAGUGAAUCCAAAUACGUCUGAGAUUACGUGUUUGUUUAUCAGCAAGAAGGAUAAAGGCUCAGGAACACCAGAGGCAUUGGUAUCUCCUAAGAUUCCUAACAUUUUAGAAGAUCUUGGGUGUUAUUUGAAUUCUCAAGGAACAGAGAACAUCUAUGAACCAUCUAAAAAUGUGGAAGUCAAUGUGUUUGAAGAUAUUGAAUUAAGAGUGAUAAUGAACGUUUCAGAGAUCAUUUCAUGUUUUUGGUUCUUUAAAGAGAGAAAAGCUUGUAAACCUUCAUUGGACUCAAAGUAUCAGUAUGUUACGUCUUUGGCUUUUUCCCAAAUAAAAGAAGCACAAGCUGGAAAAUACACCCUCUCAGUCAUAAGUAAAACCAGCAAUUACACAGUAGUUGUGCCUGUUCUCAUCCGAACGAAACCAGGCAAACCCUAUUUCAGGAAAAGGGAAAAAUCAGAUGCUGUUGAGUGCAUAUCUGAGAGCUACCCCCAGCCCUAUGUGGAGUGGAUAUUUUGCAAAACACCUGAAAAGAGUUGCCCUGAUAAAAUACAUGAAGAAACUGAGGAACUAGAUGACAUAAAGAAGAUACAACUGAAAUUAUUUCAAACUUUUAUCUGGUGCUGUGCAGUUAAUGACCUGGGCAGAGAAUGCACCAACCUCUUUACAAUAGAUUUAAAUGAAAGACAAUCAGCACCUUUACCUGAAUUACUUGUUAAAGUCGGAGAACCAUUGCUGAUCAGAUGCAGAGCAGUCCACCUUAAUUAUAAAUUUGGAAUAAAAUUUUCUUUCGAAAACAAAGAAGUUGAGCAGGAGCGCCAGUUUGAAGGAUUAGAAUAUCAAGCAGAUGGCUCAGCAAUUCGGAUCCAGUAUGUGUUUGCUCCAGCAGCAGGAAGAAGUGAUAGUGGACAUUACACCUGUUCUUCCACCACUCAUCCGAAUCAAACUGCUUUGGUUACAGUUUUAGAAAAGGGAUUUAUAAAUAUAACUGACUCUGAAGAAAAUUUUGAAAUUGGUCAUGAAGAGUUUUGCUUUCAAGUUAAUUUCACAGCAUAUCCACCAGUUAGAUGUAUGUGGCUGUUUUCCAAUAAAACAUUUCCUUGCAAACAAAGUUACAGUAUGGAUCAACGCAGUAUUUCCUCGAAGUUCUGCAACCACCAGCACCAGUCUGGGAUAUAUGUAUUUUAUGCUGAAAAUGAUGAUAUGAUCACGACAAAAAAAUUCACUCUGUAUGUGAGAAGAAAACCUGAAGUAAGGAUGCAGGUGUUCAAGCAGAUCACUUGUUUUGCUGACAGUUACCCUGCCUCAUCCUGGGUUUGGAGGAACUGUCCUGAACUGAAUUCAUCCAACUGUACAGAAGAAAUCACUGAGGGGAUUCACAACUUCUUGCCAGAGAGGAGAUCCCUGGGGUCAUGGAUUUCACGCAGUACUUUAGAUGUAAAGGGGGCAGCAACGACCUUCUCUGUUGAGUGCUGUGCAAACAAUUCUGCAGGUGUUGCCUGUGAAAAGACGUUCAUUAACCUGCCAGUUGCAGGAGCUGUUUCUUCUUCAUCCCUGGACAAAGCUGCACACUAUGUCUCUGUUGGAUUUUUCCUCCUGUUGAUCACUUUUUCAUUUGUAUUCUUUUUUCAUAAAUACAAAAAGCAAUUUAGAUAUGAAAGCCAUCUGCAAAUGAUACAGAUGAUAAGCCCAUCAGAUAACGAGUACAUCUACAUUGACUUCAGAGAUUUUGAAUAUGAUCUCAAAUGGGAAUUCCCCAGGGAAAAUCUGGAAUUUGGACAAGUCCUUGGUUCUGGGGCUUUUGGGAAAGUGAUGAAUGCAACAGCCUACGGAAUUAGGGAUCCAGGAGAAUCUAUCCAGGUUGCAGUAAAAAUGUUAAAAGAAAAACCUGAUGCUUCAGAAAAAGAUGCUCUAAUGUCUGAGUUGAAAAUGAUGACUCACAUUGGAAGCCAUGAAAAUAUUGUGAACCUACUUGGAGCUUGUACUGUGUCAGGACCAAUCUACUUGAUAUUUGAAUAUUGUUGCUAUGGUGACCUUCUGAACUACUUAAGAAGCAAAAGAGAAAAGUUUCACUGGACACUGACUGAUAUUUUUAAACAGCACAACUUCAGUUUCUACCACAAUAUCAAUCUGGACCAGAAUUGCAGGCAGGGAACUCACCUGAAUUAUGGUAUGAAUACAACUCUGUGCAGGGAGGAUCAAUUUGAAAUCACACAAAAAUGUCAAAACAUGAAUGUGACAUCUGGAUCUAAUGGGAUUGUGCUGUAUUCUGAUGAAGAUAAAAUUAUGCAUGCAAGCAGAGAGAUGGAUGACGAAGAGGAAUUUAAUGUGCUCACUUUUGAAGACCUUCUUUGCUUCUCUUAUCAAGUUGCCAAAGGAAUGGAGUUUCUUGAGUCCAAAUCGUGCAUUCACAGAGACCUCGCUGCCCGGAAUAUACUAGUGACCCACAGAAAAGUGGUGAAAAUAUGUGACUUUGGCCUUGCCAGAGAUGUAGAGAAUGACUCCAACUACAUUGUUAGGGGCAAUGCUCGUUUGCCAGUUAAAUGGAUGGCUCCUGAAAGCUUAUUCGAGAUGACGUACACAAUGAAGAGUGAUGUCUGGUCUUAUGGGAUACUACUGUGGGAAAUAUUCUCUUUGGGUGUAAAUCCCUAUCCUGGUAUCCAGGUUGAUACAAACUUCUACAAAUUAAUACAAAGUGGAUUUAAGAUGGACCGACCGUAUUAUGCUACAAAAGAUGUCUACCACAUGAUGCAGUCCUGUUGGGCCCUUGACUUCAGAAAAAGACCCUCUUUCUCAUGGCUGGUUUCCUCUCUUUCCUGUCAGCUGGCUGAGGCAGAAGGAGCAGUUUACCAAAAUUUGAAGAAAAAUUAUUCUACACACAAUUCCAGCAUCAAAAUUAAACCAUGCGUAAGCAGGGAUGAGGAAUCUCUGCUAUCCCUGACCGUGCUAUAGCAUAAAGGCUCUCAGGCUGAAAAAUAAUCUGGGUUCUGGAUUUGGUCUCAGUAUUUUCAUAAACUCUGAGUAUCAUAAAUGUUUUAUAUCACCGCUAAGGAAAGGAAGUGUUACCAGCUGUGGCUCUAUUCACAAUUCUUGUGGGCCAGUCCAUAUUGAUGUUAUUUUGAGGAGAAGACACAAUUAAUUUCCUUGAAUUCAGCAAAGAUGUCUAUCACAAGAGAAAAUCAAUGGUCUUUUCACUGUCUCUCUACAGCUGGAUAUCUCUUUCCUGAUCUUAUAUAAACAGUGUCUAAUCAAUGCAUUGAAUUCAGACUCUUCUUGCCAUGUUGCAACCAAACACAAGAAAGUCCAUGGGUUUUUAGUCAAUGUUUACAAGCACAACUAUGCAUCUAAAGACAACUGGUGUGAUUUUCCGAAGUGCUACUCACACCUUCAUCUCCAGAUGUUGGCAGGUGUUGGAAAAUCAGCCUUGUUUUACACAGAACUAUAAAAUUGAAUGUGUACAACUGUCUUAUCCGGAAUGUCUCAAUUGCUGUUAAGUUCCCAGUAGGUGUCCAUUUCAAAAGGAUUGUUUUCACUGAGUUUAGGUACUCGGGCAGUCUCUAGUCGUCCUGGCUACAUUCUGCACUUGCUGAUGGGAGCUAGGUACUUACAGUAAGUGAUUUCUUUCUACCUAAAAUAAGCAUUUAAAACUAACAAGAGGACUGAUAUUUGGAGACAAACUCCUGCCUCCCUGGUCUAGAAAAUCCCAAUGGCAGUUUCCAAGUGGAAGUCUCUCUUCGACUGAGUUAUAGCUAAUUCUAUUUCUUGGGCUUUUUGUGUUUUGAUAUAAAAUAAAAAUGUUUAAUUUUAAAGAAAUUAUCUCCUACAGUAAUGUAGGAGUGCAAUAUUGUCACUCCCAGUUCCCAGAAACCAGCCUGAGUGUAUGAGCCUGGCCACAAUAAAGUGAAAGUGUGUCUCUAACUUUCUCCCAGGCUCUCCCAAGACAAUAUCCAGAGGCUUGAUUGCAUUUUAAUAAAGCUUAAAGGACAUCUUAUUUUCAUUAUGAUGUUUAGGGGUUUGUAAAUGCGAAUUUUGUAAUGACUGAUGGAAUACAUUUAUCUACAUCCCAGUAGACCAGAAUCAAUAUGGGAAUAUACUGGUUAAUGGUUUUCUUCUCUUUUACAAGAUGCUAACUGCAGUUAGAAUUUCCAGUGGCAGGUGUUAUAAAUGCACAGCUGUUUGGAUCAAAUAUACUAUCACAUAAAUUGAGCUGCUCUUUACUAACAUUGUCUGAGAAUAAUUAAUGUUGUAAUUCAGCAAUUAUGGUUUGCAUGUUUUUGUUAACAUUCUUGGAUUAGC